CACUGGCAGCGGUAAUCAUGUCGGCUAGUCAAGUGUGCCUAGAAUAGCGCUAAAAAUGCUUAAAAUCCAGUUAUUUCUUUUAUUUACUUAAUUCUAAUCAUUAUCACCAAGUGGCACUUUUAAUUUGACUUAUACUGAAUGUGUGAAAACAGAGAACCAUGACGUCUAUUAUAAAGCUGACGGCGGUCUCCGGGGUCCAGGAGGAGUCUGCCCUCUGCUACCUCCUGCAGGUGGAUGAGUUCCGCUUCCUCCUGGACUGUGGCUGGGACGAGAACUUCUCCAUGGACAUUAUUGACGCCAUGAAACGAUAUGUUCACCAGGUGGACGCAGUGCUCCUCUCGCACCCAGACCCCAUACACCUAGGCGCCCUGCCCUAUGCUGUGGGCAAACUGGGCUUAAACUGUACAAUCUACGCCACUAUUCCUGUUUACAAGAUGGGACAGAUGUUCAUGUAUGAUUUAUAUCAGUCUCGAAACAACUGUGAGGACUUUACAUUAUUCACCCUGGACGACGUGGACAGUGCCUUCGAUAAAAUCCAGCAGUUGAAAUACUCCCAGAUUGUUAACCUAAAAGGUAAGGGACACGGCCUGUCCAUAACUCCGCUCCCCGCUGGUCACAUGAUCGGAGGCACUAUAUGGAAAAUAGUCAAGGAUGGAGAGGAGGAGAUAGUUUACGCUGUGGAUUUCAACCAUAAAAGAGAAAUUCACCUGAACGGCUGCACACUGGAAAGCAUCAGUCGUCCCUCUUUACUCAUCACAGACUCGUUCAAUGCCGCAUACGUACAGCCACGACGUAAACAGAGGGACGAGCAGCUCCUCACUAAUGUGAUGGAGACCCUUCGCGGGGAUGGUAACGUCUUGCUGGCCGUGGACACCGCGGGCAGGGUGCUGGAGCUGGCUCAGCUGCUGGAUCAGAUCUGGAGGACGAAGGACGCGGGGCUGGGAGUCUAUCCUCUGGCUCUGCUCAACAACGUCAGCUACAACGUGGUGGAGUUCUCCAAGUCGCAGGUGGAGUGGAUGAGCGACAAACUGAUGCGCUGCUUCGAGGACAAGAGGAACAACCCUUUCCAGUUCCGGCACCUGACCCUGUGCCACAGCCUGUCGGACCUGGCCCGCGUGCCCAGCCCCAAGGUGGUCCUGUGCAGCCAGCCCGACCUGGAGUCCGGCUUCUCCAGAGAGCUCUUCAUCCAGUGGUGCCAAAACCCGCGCAACUCCAUCAUCCUCACCUACCGCACCACGCCGGGCACGCUGGCACGCUACCUCAUAGACCACCCCGAGGAGAAGAUGCUCGACCUGGAGGUGAAGAAACGCGUGAAGCUCGAAGGAAAAGAGUUGGACGAAUACCUCGAAAAAGAGAAGAUCAAGAAAGAAGCUGAGAGAAAAUUGGAGCAGGAGAAAGAAGUGGACAUGGACUCCAGCGACGAGAGCGACAUGGACGAUGACCUGGAGCAGCCGGCCGCCGCCAAGAGCAAACACCACGACCUGAUGAUGAAGAGCGAGGGCAGGACCAAAGGGAGCUUCUUCAAACAGGCCAAGAAGUCCUACCCCAUGUUCCCCACGCACGAGGACAGGAUCAAGUGGGACGAGUACGGGGAGAUCAUCAGACUUGAGGACUUCCUGGUUCCUGAGCUCCAGGCGAAUGAAGAGGAGAAGAUCAAACUGGAGUCUGCUCUGACAAACGGAGCUAAAGAGCCCAUGGACCAAGACCUGUCUGUGGUGCCCACCAAGUGUGUGUCCAGCAUCGAAAACCUCGAGAUCAGGGCCAGAGUGUCGUACAUCGACUACGAGGGCCGCUCUGAUGGAGACUCCAUAAAGAAGAUCAUAAACCAGAUGAAACCUCGUCAGCUGGUGAUCGUGCACGGCUCUCCUGAGGCCAGUCUGGACCUGGCUCAGUCCUGUCGGGCCUUCAGCAAGGACCUCAAAGUCUACACGCCCAAGCUACAGGAGACGAUAGACGCCACCAGCGAGACACACAUCUACCAGGUUCGACUGAAGGACUCCCUGGUGAGCUCGCUGCACUUCUGCCGGGCGAGGGACACGGAGCUGGCGUGGAUCGACGGCGUGCUGGACAUGCGGGUGGUCAAGGUGGACAUGGGGGUUCUGGCCGAGGAGGGGCAGGGGGAGGAGCAGCCCGAGGAGGCGGAGCUCGCCAUGGACACCUCCGACCCCGACGUGGACCUGAACGCCACAGCGGCCCUAGCCCAGCGCGCCCUGAAGAUGAACCUGUUCGGCGAGGAGGAGAAGGAGUUUUCGGAGGAGAGCGACGUCAUUCCCACGCUAGAGCCGCUGCCCACGCAUGAGAUGCCGGGACACGAGUCUGUGUUCAUCAACGAGCCCCGCCUCUCCGACUUCAAGCAGGUGCUCCUGAAGGAGGGCAUCCAGGCCGAGUUCGUGGGAGGCGUCCUGGUGUGCAACAACAUGGUGGCCGUCCGCAGGACGGAGGCCGGACGGAUCGGGCUGGAGGGCUGCCUUUGCGACGACUACUACAAGAUCCGGGAGCUGUUGUACGAGCAGUAUGCCAUCGUAUAAACCAGGGCCGACCAUAGGACUGAACUGUACAGGCCCCAAACCCGGCCCCUGUGGAACCCACCCUCCCACAAACCUUGUACAUUUCCCCUUUUAUACAUCAGUACACAGUUUUAUUCUGAUUUGUAAGUGAACCGGUUUUGUGAGACGCCACAAAUGGUUGACUGUUAAGCUUCUGGUCCUUGUGUUGUACAGAGUGUGACAAACGCUUCACCCGCUGACAUUAAAUCAUUUUCUUUUUCAAA